UGUUGUCUUACCUACGAAUAUCAACAUUUUAAAAUCGGAAACCAGUUAUGUUUUAUUAAAUAUUGCGGGAAAAAGAACUUGUUGACAAAUGGUUCAAAACAUCUCCAACAUGAAUAUAUACGUACACUGGUUGUAAGUUUUCAGAUGUAUUUAUAAAAAAAGAUCAUGAAUUAGAAUGAAACAAGAUGUCUGGAAACAGUUAUGAUGAAGCUCAAAAACUGAAAAAGAAUCUGAAGAAAUGGGAAGCUGAUUUUAUAUCAGAGCAUGACAGAAAACCUAAAAAGGAAGAUAUUGAUGCAGCUCCACAAAACAUACAAGACACAUACAAAGAUUAUAACAAGCUUAAGCGUCAGAUUCAGGAAAGAUUAGACAAGAAGAAAUCAAGUCAAAGCAGUGAAAAAGAUCAUUUAGAAGAAGGACAUGAUCAAAAUCAAAACAUUUCUAACCAUUCCACACCAGGAAGCAAGGAAGGGGAGAUAAGAAGGGACAAAUCUUUUGAAGAAGAAAAACAAACAGAUGAAAAUGUGCCUGAUGUUUGGAGUAGAGAAUUUGAUAAAAAGAAAAAUGAGGUUACCGGUAACAAGACUGUUGGGCAAACUGAUUCAACAGGAAAAAAAUCUAAUCAGUAUCUACAAAAACUAAGCAGUAAAUUGUUUGAUGGGUCUAAGAAAAUGGGUAAUGCUAGACCAACUUACAGGCGUUCUGAACCAGUAGUUGUUCGGAAAGAGUUAAAAAAUAAUAAUGACAAGGAGAAGAAGACUGACAUUUAUGACCAUCCCAUCUCAGAGGAAAAUUUUAAAAUAAAAAAUGAGCUUUUUGAAAAAGCUGCCUCUUUUGUCAAUAAAAAACAGAUACCGACUGAUUAUGAUUCAGAACAUGUAAUUUACCAUGAUAAGUUCAAGGUCAAACCAAAGACAAACCUUUCACAAUUUUCUCAGAGUUUUUGUGAUAAUGACUUGAAUGAAAGUGGAACUACUGGUCAGGCAUGGGAUGAAGUUGAUCACAUGACACCAUUUGCUGACGAAUCUGAUAAAUAUUCGUCAAAAGGUGUAAGUGAAGAUCCAGCUUUUGUUGAAAAAUCUCCGAAAAAAUUUGAUAGUGCAAAGAAUUUAAAUAUGAAAGAUGGACAGAGUCCUGAUUUAACCAUCAAACAUGAUCACUUUGUUUCUGAUCAUGAUGAACCAAUGGAUGUUGAUGAUAAGAGCGAUAGUGCUAAUGUACGCAGGGUGAGGAAACCAGUUAGUAGAAUGAAGAAGAAAAGUAUUUCUGAAAAUAAUGAAAAUGAAGAUAUGAAUAAAGAAGACACAAUGAAACUCUCUGAGAAUCAAAAAAAAAAUAAAGAAGACACAAUGCAACUCUCUUGUAAUAUGUUUAAUUUUGAUGCUCCUGAGGAUGAUGUACCUAUUAUACCAAAGCAUGGGAAAAGAAAAGCAGACGACAGUUCAGAUGGACCCAGUAAAAAAAGGAAAAUAAAAGUUGUUGACGAAGACACCAAAGACAGUGUUGAAGGAGUUGAUGAUGAAGAAAAGCCAAAGGCAAAAAAAUCUUAUGCACCAGCAAGGAAUAAAGCAGCCUCUUCAUCAUCAGAAAAUUUUGUGCGACUAAAUAUGAAAAUAAAGACAUAUAAAAGGAAAGGAAAGAAAGGCAUGACGGGACCACAAAUGAGAAGAUUUCAAUGGAAACAGAAAAUGAAGUCUCGCAGCAAAAGUUACGGAGAUAAAUGUUUUAAAUGUGGACAGGAAGGACAUUGGGCUAAUAAGUGUAAAGGUCAAGGUAAAGCAAAGGAAGAAAUCGAUGAUAAGCCACCAGUUCUGGAGGAAAAUUUCCCAACCCUGAAACAAGCUACAAUGAUGGCUAAAGGUGUUAAGAUGGAUGUCCAAGAAAAUAAAAGAAAAGCAAAAGUAAAGAAAUCUGAAGAAACAGAAGACAACCAAGAAGAAAAAGAAGAAGAAGAUUUUGAUGAUCUAGAUGUAGAAGCAGGAGUUGUCAGAAAUACCAGAGAACAACCAGACACGCCUCCACCCAUGGAACCAUUCUUUACAAAGGAAGAAUCCACAUCACAAGAUAUUCCAGAAUCUGUAAGAAAAGGACUGAAGAUGUUUGGUUAUGAAAGGUUUAGACAUGGACAAGAGAAAGCAGUAUUGAGGAUAUUGUCAGGUAAAUCUACAAUGGUGAUAUUAUCAACAGGGGGAGGUAAAUCAUUGACGUACCAGCUGCCAGCUGUUCUGUAUGCUGAGAAAUCUACAUGUUUUACCCUUGUUAUCUCACCACUUGUGUCUUUAAUGGAAGAUCAGAUCACUGGUCUACCCCCAGGAGUGAAAGGUGCUUGUCUCCAUACCAACAUGACCAAGGCCCAACGUGAGUCUGUAAUGGAGUCUGUAAAGGAAGGAAAUGUCCACUUCCUGUUGGUAUCACCUGAGGCUAUAGCUGGAGGAACAAUGUCUGCCUUAACAUCUGCUGCCAAUCUUCCUCCUAUAUCAUUUGUCUGUAUUGAUGAAGCCCAUUGUCUGUCAGAGUGGUCACACAACUUUAGGCCAUCUUAUCUCAGAUUAACAAAGGUUUUAAGAGAGAGGUUUGGUGUAAAGUGUUUCCUUGGUCUUACAGCAACUGCCACAUUGUCAACAGCCGCAGAUGUUGCAAAGCAUCUUGGGAUUGAUAAUAUAGAAGAAGCUGUUGUUCGUGGUCCGCCAGUCCCUAAAAAUCUAUUUCUGUCUGUUUCUAGAGAUGAAAAUAGAGAUGAGUCAUUGAUAGGAUUGUUACAAGGUGACAGAUUUUCAAAUUGUGAAUCUAUUAUUCUGUACUGCACUAGACGUGAUACCACAGAAAGACUAGCAACACUCAUUCGUACAAGUCUUCAGGAUCAGAAGGGAGAGAACUGGACUGGAGAUCGUACAAAAAGAAAAGGUGGAAAGAAACAGUAUAAUUAUUGGGAUGCUGAGAGUUACCAUGCAGGGCUGUCUGCAGCUGCUAGAAAGAGAGUACAGAAUGCAUUUAUGUCUGGUAGACUAAGAGUUGUGGUGGCAACAGUGGCAUUUGGAAUGGGUUUGGAUAAGAGUAAUGUCCGAGGAGUUAUCCAUUACAACAUGCCAAAAAGUUUUGAAAGUUAUGUCCAGGAAAUUGGCAGGGCUGGAAGAGAUGGAAAACCAUCACAUUGCCAUGUGUUUUUAGAUUCAGAGGGAAAAGAUUUAAGCGAGCUAAGGAGACAUACUUUCUCCAACACUGUAGACUAUAGAACAUUAAAGAAGUUCGUAACGAAAGUUUUUACACCCUGUAAAUGUAGAGAGGUUCACACUAGACAUAAACAGGCUUUAAAGGAGAGUACUUCAGAUGAUGCAACGUUAGCCGAGACUGAAGAGUUAUUUGAUGAUUGGGAUGGAGAGGCUAAUGAAACAAAACGACUGUGUUCUGGUCACGAAAGGGCAAUUCCUAUAGACAGCCUUGUUAUGGACCUGGAUGUCAAGGAAGAAGGCAUUUCAACUUUAUUUUGCUAUCUUGAGUUACACCCCCACGAAACUUGGAAACUGGAAAAUCUAACUAAUGUUUACUCCACUUGCAAUAUCCAAUGUUAUGGAGGACCAGCUUUGCUUCAGGAAAUUGCUAAAAAGUGUCCUCCAGUUGCAGUAGCAAUUGCUAAAGCUAAGAAAGAUGGAAUUAACUUUGCAGGGAAAACAGACAUCGACUUCCCAGUUGUUGAGAUUAGUGACUGUAUGGGUUGGGACUCAGGUCCUGUUAAAAGGGAACUUAAAAUGCUUAUGUGGAACAUGUCAGGUUCCAAUGGUCCAAGGAGGACUGGAGUCAUGGUAGAAUUUGCCAAUUUAGCGUUCCACUAUCGUGCACCUGGUGAUUUGACAGAAGAUGAGAUUGAUGACGUCAUCAUGUCAUUACAUACUCGAAUACAGAAGCAAGAAAAAUCAGAACUUACAAACCUCAAGUAUUUGUUCGAUACUUUACAUAGUGUUUCACACAAAAACUUCUGGAUGUGUGCAGAUGAUUUAGACGAAAAGAAAAAUGACAAACUCAAGAUCAUUCUCGAAGAUUAUUUCCAAGAUCAAACUGAUUUUAAGGCAGCAGUUCUAGAUGCAACUGAACCAGAGUUGUCAUCAUACGAGUUGAACCAAGUGUCAUCUGAUAUAAAACAGUUUAUCCAUAUGUACAGCCAGGAACACAAGUUAAAUGGAAGAGCUAUUGCCCGUGUAUUUCAUGGUGUAGCAAGCCCCUGUUUUCCUGCUACUACAUGGGGGCGUGUCAGACGAUUUUGGCGCAGUAACAUUAAUAUAGAUUUCAAUUUGUUGAUCAAGCUUGCAACAAAAUCGUUGAUUCAACUACGGUAAAAGUAGUCCUUUUUGCUGUUGAUUAUUUUUGUAUAUAAAUGUUUAUUAUUCAUGAACUCUGUCAUUUCAGUUGAAAGACAUUAUUACAUUAAGUGCUAGUGAUUAUCUCUGAUUGAUUUACAAUAAAGUUACAAAAAGACAGUAUGAUACAUUCCUGUAUAAAGGUUUUUAGUAUCACAUUUCAA